GCUCCUGCGAGCUAGCCCCUCGCUAGAAGGAACCCUGGAGGCUAACGUGGGGGGACUCGGGCCUCAGCUUGGGCAGGAGCAGCCCAGAGAGCCCGGAACCUUCAGCCGUCGCCGCCCACGUUCGCGGCGGGACAAGACGAGAGAACCCCUCCUAUGCUGCUAAGGGGCGGCCCGGAAGUGACGCUUUGUUGACAGCACACCCGCAGCCACAGGCUCUCCAAGCCUUCGGAACAGGAUCGGGGGGAGGGGCUGGGCCCGGAGCCAAGCAGCCGGCGGCCCUCAGCGCAGCCGGCGGCCCGAGGGCAAGGGAACGGCCUCAGUCCGGGGCUCCGGUCACAGCAUUCCCGCCCUGCCCGGCCCCGCCCCGCCGACCCGGACCCGGACCGGAUCCGACCUCCUGCGGCGCUUUGGCCGCCGAUUCCCCCGGGCCGCAGCCUCCGCUUGUAAGCCUGCGAAGCAUCCUGUCUCCCCGUUGAGGGCCGCCCCCUCCUAGGGCUGUGGCUCUGCCAAUGAUCUUGUGAUUAUUGGUAAUCCAUAGUUGCCCUUGUGGGCCACUGCUGCCGUCUCCCAGCAUGGCGUCCGACACGCCCGAGUCCCUGAUGGCCCUCUGUACUGACUUCUGUCUCCGGAAUCUUGAUGGCACCCUGGGCUACCUCCUGGACAAGGAGACCCUGCGGCUGCAUCCAGACAUCUUCUUGCCCAGUGAAAUCUGUGACCAGCUGGUCAAUGAGUAUGUAGAGCUGGUCAGUGCUGCCUGCACUUUUGAGCCACACGAGACUUUCUUCAGCCUCUUCUCAGACCCCCGUAGUACUCGGCUCACUCGCAUCCACCUUCGUGAGGACCUGGUGCAGGACCAGGACCUGGAAGCCAUUCGCAAGCAGGACCUGGUGGAGCUCUACCUGACCAACUGUGAGAAGCUGUCCGCCAAGAGCCUGCAGACACUGCGCAGCUUCCGACACAGCCUGGUGUCCUUGAGCCUCUUCGGCUGUGCCAACAUCUUCUAUGAGGAGGACAACCCAGGCGGCUGUGAGGAUGAGUGCCUGGUCAACCCCACCUGCCAGGUGCUGGUCAAGGACUUCACCUUCGAGGGCUUCAGCCGCCUGCGUUUCCUCAACCUGGGCCGCAUGAUCGACGGCAUCCCCGUAGAGUCACUGCUUCGGCCACUCAACUCCCUGGCCGCCUUGGACCUCUCAGGCAUCCAGACAAGUGAUGCCACUUUCCUAACACAGUGGAAGGACAGUCUGAUGUCCCUUGUGCUCUACAACAUGGACCUUUCAGAUGACCACAUCCGUGUCAUUGUCCAGCUGCACAAGCUGCGCCACCUGGACAUCUCCCGAGACCGCCUCUCCAGCUACUACAAGUUCAAGCUGACUCGGAAGGUGCUCAGCCUCCUGGUGCAGAAGCUGGGGAACCUAUUGUCACUGGACAUCUCUGGUCACAUGAUCCUAGAGAACUGCAGCAUCUCCAAGACAGAUGAGGAGGCAGGGCAGACCAGCACCGAGCCGUCCAAGAGCAGCAUCAUGCCCUUCCGGGCUCUGAAGAGGCCACUGCAGUUCCUUGGGCUCUUUGAGACCUCUUUGUGUCGUCUUACACACAUUCCAGCCUACAAAGUGAGUGGUGACAAAAAUGAAGAGCAGGUGCUGAACGCCAUCGAGGCCUACACAGAGCACCGGCCCGAGAUCACGUCCAGGGCCAUCAACCUGCUGUUUGACAUUGCACGCAUUGAACGCUGCAACCAGCUUCUGCGGGCCCUGAAGCUGGUCAUCACAGCCCUCAAGUGUCACAAGUAUGACAAGAACAUUCAAGUGACAGGCAGUGCUGCCCUCUUCUACCUGACCAACUCUGAGUACCGCUCGGAGCAGAGUGUCAAGUUGCGGCGGCAGGUCAUCCAGGUGGUGCUGAAUGGCAUGGAGUCCUACCAGGAGGUGACGGUGCAGCGGAACUGCUGUCUGACCCUCUGCAACUUCAGCAUCCCUGAGGAACUGGAGUUUCAGUACCGCCGGGUGAAUGAGCUGCUGCUGGGCAUCCUCAGCCCCACACGUCAGGACGAGUCGAUCCAGCGGAUCGCUGUGCACUUGUGCAAUGCCCUGGUCUGCCAGGUGGACAAUGACCAUAAGGAGGCUGUAGGCAAGAUGGGCUUCGUCGUGACCAUGUUGAAGCUGAUCCAGAAGAAACUGCUGGACAAGACGUGUGACCAGGUCAUGGAGUUCUCCUGGAGUGCUCUGUGGAACAUCACAGAUGAGACACCUGACAACUGCGAGAUGUUCCUCAACUUCAAUGGCAUGAAGCUCUUUCUCGACUGCCUGAAGGAGUUCCCAGAGAAGCAGGAGCUACACCGUAACAUGCUAGGGCUCUUGGGGAAUGUGGCAGAGGUGAAGGAGCUGCGACCUCAGUUGAUGACCUCCCAGUUCAUCAGCGUCUUCAGCAACCUGCUGGAGAGCAAGGCUGACGGCAUUGAGGUUUCUUACAACGCCUGUGGUGUCCUGUCUCACAUCAUGUUUGAUGGGCCUGAGGCCUGGGGUGUCUGUGAACCUCAGAGGGCAGAGGUGGAGGAGCGUAUGUGGGCGGCCAUCCAGAGCUGGGAUAUCAACUCCCGAAGGAAUAUCAACUACAGGUCAGAGAUGGGAAGGUCCUUUGAGCCGAUCCUCCGCCUCCUUCCCCAGGGUAUUUCUCCAGUCAGCCAGCACUGGGCCACCUGGGCCUUGUACAACCUCGUGUCUGUCUACCCUGACAAGUACUGCCCCCUGCUGAUUAAAGAAGGUGGGAUGCCCCUGCUGAGAGACUUGAUCAAGAUGGCAACUGCCCGGCAGGAAACCAAGGAGAUGGCCCGCAAGGUGAUUGAGCACUGCAGUAACUUUAGAGAGGAGAACAUGGACACGUCCAGAUAGAGGCCACACAGCUCGGACCACAGGCCGGGAGGAAGCGCUGGAGGAGGUCUAGUGGGCAGGUCCCUUUGCGGAGCCUCCCACAGGGUGAAGAGACAGCGAGGACUUGCACAGCCGACGCAUUUCCUUAAUGUUAGUGAGAUAUAUAUUAUAUAUAUAUAUAUAUAUAUAUAUUUUUUUUUUUUUUUGGUUAGGAAGUGUGAAGUUUUGUGUGUAUGACUUCUCCCGAGUCUUUGCAGCUCCUUGCCACUCUUGGUCCGCCUCCAAGCUUUGGUUGCUGCCAUGUUCCCUCCUGCCCCAGCCAGGCUUGCCUCUAAUGCUGUGAGUGCCUGGCCCCUUCCCAGUGAGCUGACCCUGGCCUGGCUUCUGUCUGUUGUGGGAGGGGCUGGCCCUUAGCAGGCUACUCAACAUCCCUGAUCCCUGCCUGAGUGCCCUGUCCAGGCUCCCAGGUGAGUGAGGCUGGCAAGCUUUAGGAUUAAGUCCAGCCCUACUGGGUUUCCCAGAAGCCUUGGUGCUCCAGGCUGUAAGCCAUCUGGGGCCAAAAGAGUAAGCUGUUCCCAGGCCUUAGGCCAAGCAGAUCCUGUCCAGAGGACCCUGGAGAAGCAGGGCUCUGUUGGCCCACUGCUCUCUGGCCAGGCCUGUCUGUGGCCAUGCUGCUAUGGAGAGAGGCUGCCUCAAGUCUCCCUCAGGCCCCAGGUUUUUGAAGGCUGCAGCCCAGAGAGGGUCAGAACUCAGGGGCAAUUACACUGCCCCUUCUGCCAAACAUGCCCCAAACCGCCUCAGCUCUGCAGCUGGCACCUUCCGGGACCAGGGUCUUUCCUUGUUCUGUAGCCCUUAUCUGCCCACAGCACCCCAGUGCCCAGGUACUCCCACCAGCAGCGGAGCUGAGCCCACCCGCUGUCCAGAAGAUACUACAGCUCCCUCCAAGGCAGGAGGUCCCCACUCCAGCCUCACAGUGGCAGCAGGAAGCCACCUCCAGACCAGCACUUGGACAGUCCUCUGUCCCUCCAGCCCAGUCAGGUUGUCCCUGAGAAGCUGCUGCGCUGUGUGACAGGCAGUAACAGCAAGCUCUCUGGCUAUCUCCUGCACCCUGUCAUUGUAUCUCAGCAUUGCUUUUCAUUGUUGCAGCUACUGAGGAGACCCAUGCACACAAGCAGGCUUUAGGGAGCAAAGCUGACCCUGGAGGCAGCCUCUGGUGUGGCUUUUUCUGCCCUCUUUCUUCUCUGUGCCCGUUUUUCCGGGCUUGCCUGCCUACAGUCAGAAGGGGCCCGGCUGUUCCCAGAACUCAGGGAGAGGCGACUGAUCUUCCCAGAGGAAAAUCUCCCUGCCAGGUUGCUUCCCCCAUGCAGCACUUGGGCAGCCUCAGCCCAUCCUUUCCAUCCCACGCCCUCUGGCCCUGCAGGCCCUGAGCAGAGCUCACAUCCCAUUGCUUUCCUACCUGGGUCUGGGGAAAUGUCUGUACUUCAGGAUGUCACAGAAAUACAUUUUGUGCAAAGUGCA